GUAGAGAACUCUACUGUAGCCACAAGUCCAGUGAGCAAAUCCACAAGGCAGACAGCAACUCAAAGCAUUUGCCUUCAGGGCAGACGUAAAGUGAAAUUUAACUGAGCUACCGGAUAGCUAACCACUGGAUCACUGCAUCAAUCUGAAAGGGGUUAGAGGGUCAGGCAUCAUGUUGGACACAGAGGGCCAGUGGUCCAAGGCGUUGGCCAACAACAACAUCAGGGCCAUCAUCUGCUGGCUGCGAAACCUUACAACCGGAGGUGAUGGUGAUAUAGAUGAAAGCUUAGCUACUUUCAGCUGCUGGGUGCAGAGAACAUCUGAGUUUGCUAAAAAGGAGUUGUUAACCCUUUGUUUCAGCCGCUGCCAGGGCCUGUGGAUGUGUCUGGACCAGAGCUCCUUCACCAGAGUUCACCUGCUGCUCCAGAGGCUGAGGAACCUGCUCACCUUGGCCCAGUGGGGCAGGAGGCAGCUCAGCUCAGCCCACCUCUGGCAUGGUGUGGGGGUCCCAUGUGUGCUGUGCAGGGAGACAUGUGGGUGCUCAGAAGCCAGAUGUAGGUGCUGGAAUCGAGAACACAGAGCUUUGAAGCAACACAUCUGGCUGGGCCAGCUGGUGCAGUGGCUUGGCAUCACUGGGCUUCUGCCCAAAUACCCUGAAGCCCAUGAGUUGAAGCGUAUCUCUCAGAUGUGGAGAGAAAUGGAUCACAGUCACCGCAAGGCUUGUCUACAAACACCUGGAUGGGAGGAAGGAGGAAUGGAGAACUGGAGCUCUUUCAUACAGGGUAUGGUGGCUCAGGUGGACAAACAGCACGGAUGUAUUUGGACUUCUGAAGACUACACAGACCAGCACUAUCCUCCUCCUAACUUGCAAGCCCUGCUAAAGCUUGUUCUAGUGCCUCAUAUUGACAACAUGUCUGUCCAGGCUAUUCUCAUGUACUUCAUCCUGGACAUGGCUAAUUUCCUGCAGUGCAAAGAUGACCUCCUGCAGUCUUUCUGCCAUGCAUUUACAAUUCCUUCCAGCUUCUCCCAACAAAUCAGGGCUUUCUGGAUGCUUGACCAUGGCCAUGUCAAGGCCUCCAUGGAACUGUUGCUGAGCCCCAGGGCUGCACCACCCUGGCUUUCCUGGCAGCACCGUUGUAUCCUUCACUGCCUACUGAGCAGGAGGCAGCAUCGCAUGGCAUUAAGGUACCUCCUCUGGACCAGACCUGCCAUGGAGAGACUUCAGGAUGUCAAGCUCUGUGCAGAUGUUCUACUUCAGAAUGGUUGUGUCUAUGAGGCCUGGGCCAUGCUGAGGAAAGGACACACAGAAAGGGAUGACAAAGUCAAGUACUUCCUCCAGACUUGUAAGGAACUUGGUCUGUGUGAAGAAGCUUUAAUGUGCAUCCCAGAGGGAUACAAUGAUGAAGAUGAGAACACUAAUGAUGCUUACAAUGGGACUGAGAGUGUUCUACAACCUAGAGGGUCACAGCUGUCAGUGAAAAAGAGAGCAGGAGGUCCACCGUGUCCAUUGUCUGCCCAGCUGUAUCAGGCUCAGAGGAUGAACACAGUGUCCUCAAAGGAACUGGUCAAACUAUUCAGGAAGGCUGUGACGGAACUGAGGAAACCACAGCCGAGAAUAAGUGAGGUGGUGUGGCCGGAGCACCGAGAGAGAAAGUGCAGCAGCAAGGAGCUGUAUCUAUCAACCCAGGCUCUGCGUCAUCUUGUUCCCAGCCCCUCCCCUGUGGAUAUUGCUGUCAGAACAGAGCAAAUAGGACAUGAAGAUAAACCAGAGGAAAAGCCUGCCAUUUAUAAUCAGCAAAAUGCAGCAUGGGCGCACAUUUCAUCCUUUAAGUCCCAAUCUAUGGAUGAUCUGAGCUCCAACUCUUUCUCCUCCUUCACCUCGGCCUCGUCCUUGCCUCUGCUGAGACAGGACCAUCCUUAUGUGUAUGAGAGCACCCUGACCCUGCAGAGGAUCUCAGCUCUCCUCACUGAUGGAGAGAACGAGAGCAGGGAGGAGGAGAGCAGAGCCGCCUCGGACUCAGAUGCCUCACCAGAGUGUCCUGACCUGACAGCGACACUAGAUGGCACCACAGACCUCGUUUCCCUCAACAGCUCCAGCAAGGACAGCAUGGAAGAGUUGGUGCUUUCUGUAGAGUGGGGAGAGGAGGAAGAAGACUUUCUCACUGUCGAUACAGUUUCAGGGCCUUCCAUGGAGGAAGACCUUCCUUUUGACAAGAGUAAUGAAGAUACCCAGUCUGCGCCAUGCCUCUUUGAGCCCCAAGUGAAGAGUCACAGUUUCCUCUCACCUGUCUCUGAGAAAACGGAUUACUGUAAAGAAGUGUCUGAGCAGAUCUUUGACAGACCCCCAGAUGUCACUGAUCUGGGGUGCACUGUGCUGUCAGGAAACCAAGAGGUCCAAUCACAUCGUGUCCCUCCCCAGAUCUUCUCAUUUGGUGAGGCAGCUGCAUCCUGCUGUUUAAUGGAACUGGAAUCUCUUCAGAAUGCAUGUGAGUUUCUCCAGCUUGAGGAGGCAGUGGAAUUGUUCUGUCAAGACUCCCAGGAGGUGGUGGGCCAGCCAGACAUGCUGACUUCCUGUGUCCUGUCUGAGAGCACCCAGGACCUGCUGGCUGAGCUUCAUCACAGCCCUCUUUUAGAGGAACCUAUUGCCAGUGGCUCAGAGGCAUUGGUGGAGGUGGGCGAGCAGGGCAGCAAAACAUCCUCCCUCCUCUUCUCGACAUGCCACUCCCUUUGCCCCACACAGUUUCAGAUUCCUGGUGGCUUUCUAUCCACGGCGACCAGCCCAACCCUCAACGCUCAGAUUAGCCCCUUUCCCGCUGAUGCCACUUGCAAGAGAUCACCUAAGGCUUCUCUGGAAAAGGAGGUGGCCUACUUCCACAGCACCUCAGACAGGCGGGGCAGCUGGUGGAAACAGGGUCUGGAAACUCCAGCUACUUCUGGCCUUCUGCCUGAGAGACAGCAUGUGCCAGAGAUCACAUCAGAAAGGAGGGCUUCUCUUGCACUCAGUCGGUCAUGUUCCCACAGUCUAGUCAACUUCAUGGACUUGGCGGCCAAACAGAAAGGCGACAAGAGAGAGGGCAAACAGGCAGACAAAGAGGAGCCGGCAGGUUGCAGGAGUCCUGGGAGGGCCUCACACCAAUGGGCAGAGCAGGGUGUCACAGGCCAUCGAAGAGCACGGCCCAGGAAAGGCAAACGAGUGAAGUCAGCAUGAAGCUUCAUCUCUGACACAGAGGACAACCCACAAAGGACAACAGCGGAUAGCAGAGGACAGCAAUUUGCUUAAUGAAUUCAUUUUUUCUAUCACAGAUAAUCACAGAUAAGAGACAAUACAAUUUCCCUAUAAUUCAGAGAUACAUUUUGCAGAGUAGGGGUUUUCUAAAUGACUGGGCCAUAUUAAUAUUAAGCUAAAGUGGCACUGUAAGGAUUAAUGUCUCUGAAAAUGAGCUGAUCAAAGCACAGCCAUGACGAUGAUGGCAAGGUCCAUCUCUUCUUCUUCAACAGAUUGGUCAGAUUGCUCUGACGGCUGCUGCUGCUGACUCCAUACAACAUCUCCCACCCAGUGCUGCUGUCUUACCACACCUUUUUUUUUUUUUUUUUUUUUAACUGUGAUACCGUAUGUCUCAGAAACAUUCACUCAAUUAUGAAUCUCUCAGCAAUUAUUGAUAAGAUGUAAAUUAUUAAAUAUUUUGCAAAUUAAGACUAGAGUAUGCAUAGAUAAUUCUGGGUUACAUUAUGUAUUUUCUUAAUGCACUGGUCAACAUAGUGGGGGAUACAAGGUUGUUUUAUUUAAAGCAUAAAUAUUCUUAGCAGUGCACUGCUCUCUAAAUACAGUGGUGGUGUCCUUGAAAAAUCAGCUUGCAGCUCAGAUUCUUCACUGGCUUUCUCCUUUUGAAAGGGGAUGUUUGCCUUGCUGCCAUUCAGCCUCAUGAAAAAUGGAUGACCUCCUGAUGCUUUCUGCUGCCCACUGCUCCCUGUAUUUGCACAGAGCCCUGGGAUUGCAUUUGGGUUAGCAUCCUUCCUCCCUCCCUCCUUUCCUGACUCGUUUUGGGGGUGAAUAACUUAACACAUAUUUCAGCUUGACACACUUCUGCUCUGGGUCUCCCCUGGGUCCCCUGUCCACGAACCCACACAUGCUGUAUUAUUUAAAAGUGAGGUCUGGAGUGUGUGUGUGUGUAUGGGUGUGUGUGUGUGUGCGCGCGCAUGCCUGCGUGCAUGUACUCUCCUAUGUGUGUACGGGGAAUACCUUUAUGGAGUUGUUAGGCCUGGGAUACAAUAUGAUGCUUGAGGUUGCCCAGUCACUGAGAGAGUGGUCCAUAUUAUUUAGACUUCUUGCAGCUGUAUGCCACUGAUGUUUCUCUUAAAAAAUAGAGUGCUGUUGCACAUACAGAAGGACAAUCUCACUUUUAUCUCACCAUACAAUGUAUCAUUAUGGACGGGUCGGGAUUGCAGAGUGAUUUAUUAUAGGAAAUACUAAUCUGGACAAUCUAUCAUAGACACAAUAACAAAGAUGCUCCACUGCAAAAAUAUCCAAGGAACAUAAAACAUAGCAAACAAUAUCUAAUGAUGCCAAAAAGCAAAAAAGCUCACCUCCCGUGGAGCGAAAUCAAUUUUCUGACCACACACAUACAAUAACUCAAGCUAAUCUGAGAACUGAUACCAUCUUGGAAAUCAGACUGCUGUGGUGCAGCAAAGCGACACAUAAAUCAUGUGCCUCGGACUGAGGAGGCUAAAAUAAUGCAAUACUAUGAUGGAUACAAAUAGCUGUUUUAUGUCUGGAAACCAGUCACAUAAGUACUUGUCUUUGUGUUGCACAAGAAAUUUCUCAGGAAACGGCAGGGCAAUUAAUACUUGCUAAUGCAAAAAACGUCUCAAAGCAUGACCCUUAUUUUGUCCUGUAUAAUGCUGCCCAUAUUGCUGUCUCACCUUUCUCCUCAGCAUCACACAAUAAACACCCUUAACCUUUC